AUGAGAAAAAUUUAUAAUACGGAAAAUAUCGUGACAAGGCCUACCGCUUUUACUCAGGAAUAUGAAAAACCUCUUGUUGAUCCAAUCGAGUUCAUUGAUUUUUUAAAUGUUCGUGCUUCAAAAUGUUCAUUUCAUGCAUCCAUAUGGAAAAUUGCAAUUCGUAGAAAUUUCUUUAUGACGUGA